AUGUGGCGAGUGGCCACAGCCAGGGCCUGGGCCGCCUGCUUGCGGCCUCCCAGACAGUGCCGGGCCCCGGGGCCGCGCUCCGGCAGCAGGGGGGCAGCGACCGUGGCCGUGGAGCCCGCGGCGGGGCUGGCGGAUGAGCCGGUGGCGACCAAGGUGCUGGGGCUCGCCCCGGGGCAGCGGGUGACGCUGAGGGGACUCGUGGUGAACGAGCAGGGCUGCCUCUUCGACUCCUGCGCCCACUACCUGGCGGACAGCCGCGGGGAGGUGGACCUGUCCAGGGACACCUCCCAGGGAGGGGACUACACUGGGGUGGAGCCCAUGGGGCUGUUCUGGAGCCUCUCCCCUGCCGGCAUGGAGAGACCCUACCAGAGGCUCGUGCCGAAGCAGAUUAAGACUCCUAUGAAGGUGGAGGUGUCCGUCCACCAAGGGCACAGUCAUCCUGGCACCAUCCCGGGGCAGGUCCUAGCCAAGGCCAAUGUGGAGAGAUGGUUCACUGCCCCCGGUGUGCGAAGGAUUAGGCUGAAAGAGGGCAGCGUGAGAGGCAGCCUGUUCCUACCCUCAGGGGACGGCCCCUUUCCAGGAGUGAUUGACAUGUUUGGUGAUGAAGGUGGAUUGAUUGAGUUCAGAUCCAGUCUCCUAGCCACCCAUGGCUUUGCUGCUCUUUCUCUGCCCUAUUUUGACUUUGAGGAUCUGCCCACUGUCAUGAAGGAUUUGCACCUCGAAUACUUUGAGGAGGCAGCUAGAUUUCUACAGCGUCACCCAAAGGUGAAAGGGCCAGGGAUUGGAGUAAUCGGGACAGGGAAAGGGGCAGAACUGGCAUUUUCCAUGAUUACUUUCCUGCCGCAGGUGGUGGCUGCUGUCUGUAUCUCUGGCUGUAGUGCCAAUACAGUCGCUGCUCUUCACUAUGGUGAGAUGACUCUGCCUGGGUUGCGCUUUGACAUGAGCAAGAUCAGCAUUUCUGAGACUGGUGUGUUUGAUAUUUUUGACGCUCUGGAUGACCCAAUGGAUCCAGCUAAUUCCCACUGCCUCAUCCCCCUAGAAGAAGCAGAAGGUCAUUUUCUCUUGGUGGUAGGAGAAGAUGAUCGCAAUUGGAAGAGCUCUUUAUUUGCCAAGAUGGCAAUUGAGCGCCUGCGCCAACAUGGGAAGGACAACUUUAAACUCUUGAGUUAUCCAGGAGCAGGCCACCGAAUCGAUCCACCCUUUUUGCCAUUUUGCUCAGUAACCCUGGACUGUGUCCUAGGGUUGCCCAUUCUGGGUGGUGGGGAGAGAAGAGCACAUGCCCAUGCACAGGAACACUCCUGGGGGAAGAUCCAGGAGUUUCUGCACUUACAUUUGGGAUGAACACCUCAUUACCUGAAAGCUGCCAAUAAAUUGCAGGGAGCUGAGAGAUGAGCCACCCAAGGGAGUAGAGGACUGGGGGAAAAGUUAAAUAUGCAUUUCUUGAUCAAAUGACAACUCAGUGGCAGGUGUAAACACGGAGAUGGGUCAGGAUUUGUUUAAGGUGGUGGAAGGGGCAAUAGCUAGGAGUAUUGGGGAGAAAUGGAACAAUGGAAAACUUCAGGGUUCAUGUUAGUAAAAGUUUCCUGAUGCCAAGAUCACUUUAGACUGGGAAAUAAUCACCCAAGGAAGGUGGUAGAAGUCCCCUCGCUUACAGCAUGUAAAGGAGCCCAGCAACCUGGCCAGGCCUGCAGAGAAUGGCAGUUGAGGAGACUCGCCUGCACCUAGUGGAAUGAUGGUAGCCCAAGAUAAGAUUUUGAAACAGCCAUGCCCAGUGAGCUGGACAUGUUUGGCUCACCCUUUGGGACUUGAAUCCACUAGUUCAGCCCAGAUGUCUUCCACUAGCAUGUGUCCCCACAGAGCACUCUAUUUUAAAGCUGUAACUGUUUGCUCUGCCUGCUUUGGAAAUCUUUUCUAUUUGAAUUUUAUUUGGGGUGCAUACCUGGAUACAUGUGUCUAACAUCUUGAUGUUGGUUAUCAGCUUUCAGCAAGCACAGCCAAUGGCUCCUUACACAGCCAAUUGGUUGCAAAGAAAGAUGAAGUGUUUUCAAUGCCUGCUAAUGAGAGGGGUAGUGCCAGCAGUGAUUUACUAGUUGAGUAUUCAAGAGGGACUCAUCUCUAUCUGUGGUGUCUUAGGCUGGAAUCUAAUACUUGGCUAGUGGAUAUUACAGUUCCACUGGAUAGCUUGGUUAAAUGCAGUUUUGUUAUAUGCAUUGAUAUAUUUCCUUCUUUCUUCCUGCAGUUCAGUAUUCUAACUGCCUGUUUUUAAAGUAGUAAUGACUGUUGUUAAAUGAGGGAUGUGAGGAAGCCAGUUUUUGGAAUUGCCUAGUAAUGUAUAGUGGCCGUCAGUAGCCAUUGGAUACUGAAUGGCUGAUGCUGAUAACCACUAUUGAGGGGAGCGGAGGAGCAGAUGGAUGAUUUGAAAAGAUGUAAGGAGCCUAGCCAACAGAAGGCAGUAGAGUCAUACAUUAAAUGGCUGUCAUAAACAGCAACCAGCUUAAGUAUCAGACAAUCAAAAAUGAAAAAAUCCUGGGAUAAUUCUCCUGUACCUGCCCAGGAAUGAGGGAGCAAUUGUGCCCACAGCUGCCAGGGGAAUUGUUUCCAUUCUGAUUAAUUUUAGGCUAGUGCCUCCCCUCUUGCCUGCUUAGUAGGCUUGCCCCCACCCAUCAUCUUGAGGGAAAGGAAUCAUAAUUUCUUCUUUAAUAUUUCAGACCUCAGCUAGUCCUCUGAAAUAGUGGUAGUGCUAGAAGCCUGGUUCCCAAGUGCCACUGCCAGCACAAUUCCCUUUCCAGGGUCCCUGUUGUCAGAGCAGCUUAAAAGAGCUGCCCAGGAGGAAAUGGAGCUUUGGCUUGUGACCUUGACUUUUAUUUAGUGUUAUGGAAACUUCUUUCCCUUUUCUGGUCUGCUGUCAGCAUGCUGGGGCUUGGUUAUGGUUGAAUGGGUCUUGCAUGGGGCUCUGAUGCCUAAACCGUCCCUGAAAAUAGAUAACAGUAGCACAGGCCUGCAGCCAGCUCUAAUAAGCACAGUAGUGCUUCCUGCACUUACGUUACUACUUCUUCACCAAAUCUACUCCAGGUUGUGACUAGAGAAGGAGAGGUUGUCCAUUGGUUUCCCAUGUCUGCACUUUCUAACCCUCCUUCUCACAUGUACCUCCACCAAUUGGAGCCAGAUGCCUGAUUGCCUUAGGUUGGGCAGUGCUUCCUGCCAGCCUGUUUUGUUGCCCUCUGUGUUGCCUACUGAAUCUCCAUUGUGUCUUCUUACCUAUGCAGAUCCACUCCUGCAAGUUCCUGGGACAGGUUUCUAAAAUCCAGUGCAAUUCUAGUCAAACUGGGCCAGUUAGAGGUACAAGUCCAGUCAAACUUCUGGGUUCAUGUAUAAAUAGAUUCUGAAUGUAGGUAUUGUUAGAUUUCUCUGAUUUUAAAUGAAUAUCACAUUUUUCAUUAAUUAUCAAAAAGCCAAUGUCAACAGU